UUUUGAUUGCUCGUUGCUUGGAUGUUUUCAUCCAACCUCCCGUCUCCGCCGUCCUCCUACCGCGCUCGCAGCUGGUUGAAGACAGCGGCGGGUUUCGAACCUUUUCUUCGCGGGUACAGGGGAGUAGCUCGUUGGCCCUUCGGGGCGAAACAACCGUUGACGAACACAUCGGACGACUGUACACGGCGUUUCUGAACACGACUUCCACGUUGGACUGGGUACGAUUUCUGGUGGAGGUUGAGGAACUCCCGACGCAGGGCUCUUCAAGGCGAGGGGACAGCGGCGAUGGGGACGUAUUGUUCCAGAAGUACGAUAUGCCGUGGCCCGUGAAGGACAGGGAGGUGGUGAUUCGAAGAAGCGUGCGACUGGACAAGCGAGCCAAGAAGAUGAUCGCAUCAUACCAAUCAACGGAUCACCCGGCGAGGCCCAUCACCAGCGCCACCGUGCGGGCCAUCGUUCACCGAACCAGUUGGGUCUUGACGUCCCUGGGGGGCUCGAAAACGUCGAUAGAGUUCGAGACGAGAACGGACCCCAAGGGAUCUCUGCCGUCGGCGAUGAUCGGCUUCAUGCAAGUCAAGUUUCCUCGUGAGACGGUGGCCGGAUUUGUGAGCAGCGCGAGAAACGUAGAACUCCAUCCGGCUAUGACAAAGUGGUGAAUUAUUUUUGCUGUUGUUGCGCAUUUUCUUGUUGAAUAGAAUUUUGUGCGUGCGUUUUGUGCGGUGUGGUUAGACUGAAUUUUUUGUGCGGAGAGUGUUUUUUGCAUACAAUCUAGAUUGAUAGACGACGGUAAUCCAGCUUUUUAUCACCUUUUUUUUUGGGGGGGGAGGGGUGUUGGAUUUGGUGGUCACCAAAAGUGGUGGGGUGCUAUGCAUAGAACGCCUCGUGGAGGGUAGAUUUGUCGCAAGGGGAGGGCUGCUAAGUGAGAUAGACUGAUUGACCAUGCAAGUCAACAGGAAAAUGCCCCGUUGUUGAAAAUUGAUCUCCAGGUACGAUUGUUACUUUCUGACCGGCGUAGAUGCUUGACUGUGGGAAUUUACUAUUCUUGUGCUGUCAUGCGGCCUGGUCUCAUCGCUUGUGGUUCCCAGGAUCGUGGUGUGUCGUGUACCUUCCCGAGGUCCGUACAACAACAAAGAAGCUAGAAGUGCAUAACUCGUUCGGUCGUUUUGGGCAAAAAAGGAAACGAUAUUUUUGCCACAAGCGCUGUUUGUUCACAAUGAGCUAGACUUAUACGGGAGCGCCAAGCGGCCGCGCAACGCACCGCCGAUGUGCAGCGGGCGGUUGUCGCAGCUUACGAAACCUACCACACACAGCAGUUGCAGUGGCAACAAUGGAGACAUGAUUGGUCAACAGGUUGACUUGAAGAACCUACUGCUGCAGUUGCGUUCUACGGAAUUGCAGCGAGGUGUAGGUUGGUUGAAGCUUGAUUGUAAGUGUGGUUGAUGGCUACGAGCCCGAGUCCACCAUACGUUCGAUGCCGCACAGUCGCGCGGAAUUUUUUUGCGCGUGAUGUGCAGCAUCUUGUGGAUCCGUCUGUGUUUGUCGUGUCCGUGGUGAGCGUUUGACGUUUCUAGACCGGGAUGUUUGCAGGCCUUCCUCAAAGCUGCAACAAGCCGUUCAAGGUUUCAAUUACAGAGUGAACAAGUG